UAUUUUAAUCAGGAAUUAAUCAUCUCCACCUCGUAGACCAAAUUUGACGAGAAUCCAACAAAGAGCAAUGACGACCCGCCAGGGGGUCUGCGCCGUGCCAGGCUGCGACGCAUCCGGCCGUGACUUUGGCACCUUCUUGUUUCCCGUACCUCCCGGCGGUUCUUCGCAGCGCACCCGCUGGCAGGAAGCCCUCGCCAGUAGGCCGCUGACCGAAUCCGAUCUCGUCUGCUGGAAUCACUUUGAGCUGGGGGCGCAAAUAUCCUGCAAUGGUGCGGACUUCCGGCUGGCGGACGGGGCCGUUCCGAGGUUGUUUGUUGGCGGUGCGUUGGUGGAGGGGAACGUGGAGCAGUUUUGUCGACUCUGUGCGAGACGGUUUGAUGGAGGGGAGGUUGGGAGUGAUCUGGCUGGGAUGUACACGUCGGAGGAUUCGAGCUUGUUUUUGAACUUUCUUCUGGGAGAUUUGGAGGACAGUUUGUGCAGGUUGGCGUGCGAGGAGUGUUGGGGACAGGUGAUGUGCUCGAUGCGGUUGGUUCGGAGUUGUAGGAGGGCGGCGAGGGAGCUGGAGAGGGUGGCUGGUCGGACACAUGGUACCGAAGAAGUGCUGCUGAAGCCGGAACUUCAAGCAGAGAUGGAUGUGUUUGGGGAGAUUCCGAUCGAUCCGGUGGAACUGGAGGUGAAGCUGGAAGUUGAGAGCUUGGAGAGUUUGAGUGAUCGAGAAGAUGAUGGAGGGUCAGCUGAAGAAGAUAGUGAUGCGCUGGAGCUUGCAAAACACAAGAUAAAGCAUCGAGGUGAAUCGUCAAGGAAGAAGAAGCAAACUGAGGAUGAUAGCUCGGGUCCCUUCGAGUGCUCGGAGUGUCCUCUUAUCUUUGAGAGACGUAAGCAACUGGCCAGUCACAAGAAGAAGCAUAACGGGAAGGUUCGUAAAGGCAGGCCUCCAAAGAACCCCGACGAGUUGUACGAGUGCGAGUUCUGUGACUUCAAGUGCAAACUGCGCCAGGCGAUGGCAGGCCAUCGUUCGUCCCACUCGGACCAGAUUAGGAAGACCAAACCACCGGAAAAGAUCUACGACAGUGUUUGUCCGAUCUGCGGGAAGGUUCUGGCGACGCGUGGAUCUUUUCUCACCCACAUGAAGAUCCACAACAACCAGCGCGAUUUCUCGUGCGACGUGUGCGGCAAGCAGUUCUUCAAGAAGAAGCAACGAGACAUGCACGUUGAAUCCUUCCACGAGAAGAAACUAUUCAUUUGUAAGGUCUGUGGCGUCACCUGCAAGUGGGAGAACUCGCUGGAGCGGCACAUGCUCAAGCACGAGGCCAACUCGUACAAGUACGAGUGUACGCAGUGCGAAAAGAAGUUCCUGACGGCGUACCUCCUGAAGGCGCACAUGACCAAGCACACCGGCCAUCAGGUGUUCUGCGAAAUCUGCGGCGCAGGCUUCCGGUUCAACUUCCUGCUCACCCAGCACAAGAUUCGCGAACACGACAUCCAGGUCGAGGGCGUCAAGCUAUACAAGCGAUUCCAGAAGGGCAUGCGGAAGGGCAGCAACAAACGGAAGAGUCAACAAGAAGCGGAGGUUCCAGCGACAUCCCAGCCGGAACAGCCUCCGAUGAUACCGCUGCUCUUCCAGCAAACUGAAUCUCCAGCAAUACUUCCUAAUGUAGUUGGGACAGGCCAACAGGCCAGCAAUUAUUAGUUUAGCAAUAAAAAAAUAAUCUCCAAACACUU